AUGCCGUCCAUUCAGGUUUCCGGCCGUCAUGGCUCCUACGCGACGCAGUUUUGGAAGCCGUCUGCGUGGGCGGUAGCAGCUUCGCGAUUCCGUAACCGCGCCGACAUGCGCGCCGCGUACAGUCGCAAGGCAAUCGACCGGCGUCUCGUUCUGCCACUGGACAGCCAUAACUGGAUUCGCGCUCUUGAGGUACUGAAUGCCGGCUACGCACGCCUCGGUCGCACCCCCGAGCACUUCAAAAUGGUACUGAGAGAUAUGGUGGAGCACCACGGCCCCUACGCUGAGCGCAUCACGCUUCCAUCGUCUGCCUUCGCGCCUCCGUGCUUAAAGCAGUCACGUCGAGGCCUCGACGGUGCAGAGGCACAGGUCUUUUACGACGAUGGCAAGCGGCUGUCCAGCACGCCUGCUGAGAUGCCAGCAGGGAGUGAAGGGGCCGCCGACAUACUGCCAGCUGUGGACGCGUUGCGCGACAGGGCCUACGCUGGUGAGAUUCCGUCAAACCGCUCCCUGUGGGUCACCCUUGUGUGGUCCUACUGCGCUCUUGACCAGCCUAGCAGCGCCCUCGACACAUUUCAUCUCGCUACUCGCCGCUUUCGCUUCUCGUCGGCGACGAUGCAGCACAUGGCGACGUUGCUGCUGCCCGUCCUGUGCCGGCACGCGCAGCUGGAGGAGGCAACCAAAUUGUACGAGACCUACUUGAAGGUGGAUGACACCAAAGCGGAUGCGGAUGGCGCGCCGGCAUCACGGCACCACCGCAGUCGCAUCGAGGACACCGACGCUCGACGAUGGCUUGCCGAGGCGGCGGCUCGGCGAGGCGAUUGGAAACGUGCUCAAAGCUUCGCUGGCGAUGUAUGUGGGUCGGCAAGCGGUGCACCCGCCGCUGACGACCACCCUUACGCCACCACCCGCGGAUCACCAUCGCGUCGGACGAUCGGCUCCCUCUUCCACGACACGGCCAGUCCAAAGACGCCGGCCCUGUCGCCUGGUGGCGCACAUCUAUUUGCCUCUUCGGAGGGUGUCGACAGAACAGAAGGCCAGCAGGCGACGCCGCGCGCUUCAGUCGCUCCACCAGCACGGCCAAUGCUGCAAGCGCUCAGCCGCGAGGCGGUGCGCCGGCUCUUCCGCCGCCUCUGCCGGGGCGGCAGUGAGUCGGGCUCGCACUCGCAGCUUCGGGAUGCGCUCUGCUGCUGGGAACACCUGUAUGGCCCUGUGCUAGAAGCUGCAUCUGCCGUGGACGGGGAUGCCAAGGGCAGCUGUCGUGAUGACAACCGUGACCGUCUCACGCGCCCCCCGCCGCUGGAGGACGUGCACGAGGUGCUGAACCUGUUCGCGUCCCACCGGCACUGGAAGGAGUCUCUUUCUGUGUUCUGCCAACUCUUCCUGAACAGGCCCGCCACUGCAUACAUCUCUGCUACCCUCGCUGACCUCCAGACGCUGUCGUCUUCCAUGGGAAACUGCGAGGGUCCAUUGCCUGCAUCCGCGAACGGCGGGCCCCCCAUCACGGCACCCGUCCUUCAACUCGAUGCCACCACGCUGAACAUUUUGUUUUCGUCCCUCCCUGCUGCUGUGGCACCGCUGCUGGUGCGAACGAGGAAGUCGACACCCACUUCAGCAGCGACGGCAGCCAAGGGGCGCGAUCACGAACAACCGCCGCCGCGAUCCCACACUGUCAGCGAGGAGCACGAGCUGCGGCUGUCGGCAUCCGCUAUCCCCGUCACCGUUGUCCGGCUACUGGACGACCUUCUCCUCCUUCGAGAUGACAUGGUCCUUACCGACUUUGUAAUGGCCGCCGUGGGGCCGGCGCUGCUGCAGGUGGGGCAAGUCGAGCGCGUCUUCGACCUUCUUGCACGCACGCCGCUGAUGGUGGCGGCUUCGCAGUGUAAGGCAUCAACGUACGUGUCGGCAGAGCAUCAGGCUCUGAAGGCGGAACUGGUGGUGCUCGGGUAUGCGGCGUUUGCCCUGUGCUCCUCGUCGGCACGGCGGCACGACAUGGUGCGGCAGCUGCCUCACUUGUUUCCUCCUGAGGUGGUGCGUCACUUUGCCACAGAGGGUGAAGGCAACAGGCCGAGUAGCUGCGCUAUCUUCGAGGGCCGUGUUGUGUUGGAAAACUGCUCGCGCUCAGCCACAGCGUCUUCCACUGCCGCUGCGAUGAAGUCGGAUGACACGGUACCGCCCAACGGCAGCGUCGAUCCCUUCCAGUCCAACGCGCGCACCAACACCACGAGCACCACAGCACCGUCCCUGCUUGACAUGAAGUGGCAUACCCCUACCGCUGCCUCUGCUUUCAGAGGGGGCCCCCUCAACGUCCCUACCCGGCCGGGUCGACGAUCCAGCGCCGCCACGCUCACCUCUCUCGCCGAUGACGCGAUGCGCCGCGACUACGUCCGUCUGCACGAGCGUCGCCGCGACGCCUUCACGGGCAGCCACGCCGACGCCGAGCGGGACCCGAGACCGAUUCCAAAAGGCUUGCACGAUCAUGCGAGCGGGUGGGACUUCUUCGGUCGCGGCGGCGAGAUGGUUUUUGCGAACCACACGCGCACCCCGCACCCCUUCACGAUGCGGCCGAAGGUGAUGCGAGAUCUGCGCAACCCCUACCGAGGAUGGAGCCCGCGCCGCAACAGCUCGCUGGCGCACAAGGAAAACGUCAUCAAGUGGAAUGGCAAGAGCGCCGUAUGA